AACUAAUAAACGACGAGCCGCCUUAAGGAAACCUCUCAAACUUCGUCUCCGCUUCGGAUCGUAAAAACCGACCUAUUAACCCUAACCCAAACAGCAAACUCUUGUACUCCCCCCAAGCUCCUCUAUAGCCUCCUCCAUGGCGAAUUACAAUCGAUACCCUUCUCACAGCUACGCUCCGUCGGCCCCGCCGAUGCCGGAGCCGUCCUCCGGCCCCAAGCCAUCCUCCUCCGGCCAGCCUCCGGUGCCGUCGGGGUAUCCUUACCACGCACAUCCGCCCUCUUAUGGCUACUCGUCCCCGUAUCCCUUGGGUGGCGGCGCCGGCGGAGCGGCGGGGUACUCUUUCCCUCCUGGCACGCAUCCCGAGAUCAUCCGUAGCUUCCAGGCCGUCGAUCGGGACCGGAGCGGCUUCAUCGACGAGUACGAGCUGCAGGCGGCGCUGUCCUCCGGGUACCAUAGGUUCAGCCUUCGCACGAUUCGGCUCCUCAUGUUCCUCUUCAAGAACCCUAACAACCCUUCCAAGAUGGGGCCUGCUGAGUUUGCUGCUCUAUGGAGUUGUCUCGGGCAAUGGCGGGGGCUAUCUUUGGACAGAUUUGAUAGAGAUCGGAGUGGUGCAAUUGACUCAACGGAAUUGAGAGAUGCACUCCUAAGUCUAGGAUUUGCGGUUCCACCUUCUGUUAUUCAAGUUCUAGUAUCCAAUUACACUGAUGGGAAGACUGGCAGGGGUGCGCUUAAUUUGGACAACUUUGUCGAGUGUGGGAUGAUUGUGAAGGGAUUAACAGAAAAAUUCAAGGAGAAAGAUUCUCGCUACACUGGCUCAGCAACUCUUACCUAUGAUACUUUCAUGUCAAUGGUCAUUCCCUUCAUUGUACCAUAGACUGGCUAUGGUUUAAUACCUGUAUUACUGAGAUUAUCUUUUGUCCUCCUAGUUUUGGUGUGCUGUAUUUAGUUCAUUAAGCAUCUAGAAGUUGCUGUAUAUUUAUGAAAGAAAAGGUUGGUAUCCUUAACUCAUCCGUCUUUGCUAGGAGACAGUUUCCCUGUUGAAAGAAAUUGAUAUUGUUUGACUUUAGCGUUGUCAUGAAUUUAGAAUUGUAUGUUUAUGUGUGAGUUUUA